AUCUUAGUCACGCAUGUUCAAGCCCGCGCACUCGAAUCGCACGCCCACCAUAUCAGCCAGCGUGCAGAAAACUCGCUUCACAUACAGUAAAUAUCCAAUCGUUCUGGACCUGUACAGUACCACGCUUCCUUCAGCUGUCGGUUUUCGUAAUGGGGUUUCCACCGACGACCACAGCCUCAUUUCUUUGCCGGACUUCUUGUAUAGCUUACUUCCUCACUCUGGAUUGGCUGCAUUGCCUUUGUGGCUCAGCGGUACUCGCAGCUGCGCGUCUCUCGGAACAUUAUUCCAAUGUGAGUAAUCUUUUGGAUGCGUGCAGAUACGACAGUGUCUACUCUGUCUUGACCGCAUCGUUAUCAACGCUGCUAUUCCUUUUCCUUACUUUUGGGCGUUUGCACAGGAUGCGCGGCGCUUCACUUUAUUUUGGAUCUUCCGGGUCACUAUGGAGAACUUUUCUGUAUAAAUGGUGCUAUCUAUGGAGUCGCACGGCUGGCGAGCAAUAGCGGCGCAAGCGGUGAGGGUUGUACUGCACUAAGAAACGAUGCUACGAACAAUCCUUACGAGAACUUGGGAUUCGGUUAUAGGGUAUGGGUGGCGCAUCAGGGACAAUGGG